AUGGCCGGUCUGAAGGUGGUCGUCAUGGUGGGGCGAUUGCUCCUGUCGUUGACACUGCUUGCUCAUGUCGCUUUUGCUCAUCCAGAACCGAUCCCUGCUGAAGACUCUUAUGCUCAGCAUUUUCUCACUGAUCCACUGUAUAUCCCUCCUGAAGAAACAACUCUUGACAGUGUUAUUCAUAAGGAUCCACCUCCAACAUAUAACACAACAGCGCGACUUCCGGAUGUGAUGGUUGUCUCCGAGUACUUCUUAAAAGUAAAACCAUACUAUCCAGCCCCGGGGAUUGAGUAUCCAAAAGAGAAAAACAUGACCUUCGAGGGUUAUGUAUCGAUGCCUGCUACCAUCACGAAGCAAACAUCAGCCUUAUAUUUGAAUAUGAUUAACAUUACCGUACUUAAUGUGGAUGUAUCCAACUUUAACGGAGAUAAAUUGAAAGUAGUUAAUACAAACUACGAUCCACUUACUCAACAGUACAAAAUUUCUCUCGAAAAAACACUCGGAGUUGGCUCAGUAGUCGUUAUUUCUAUAAACUACACAGGAAUUAUAAAUCAUUAUACUGUAUCCGGAUUUUUCUAUACCUAUUAUAUCAACGAGAAACAGGAAACAAUAUUUAUGGUAGCAACCAAACUAGAGCCAAUUCACGGCCGGAAGGUACUUCCAUGCAUGGACGAGCCGAAUUACAAAGCUGUGUUCCACAUUGAGCUUGUUUAUCCUACAGCACAUGUAGCGUUGUCUAAUAUGCUGGAACCGAAAUCAACGAAUUUGGGAAAUGGCUGGUCACAUAUUGCGUUCCCGCCAACACAAGCCAUAGCCACAUAUUUAAUGGUAUUCACAAUAGGACCUUAUGUUAUGGAAGGUGUGACGAACCAGGACGGAACUCUGGUCCGAGCUAUUGGAUGGGCAGGUCAGGAACCGUACCUAAAAUUUGCCGCCGAAGCCGCUGGCGAAUGUAUGUAUCAAAUGGGAAGGAUGUCAAGGAUUAAAUUCAACAUGAAAAAGUGCGAUCACCUUGGAUUACCUGAAUUUCCAUCUGGUGCUAUGGAAAACUAUGGUCUCGUCAUUUAUAAAUAUCAGUUUAUUGCCGUUAAUCCACAGACAAUGACAACGGAAGAUAAGACUGAAGCUGCACGGACAAUCUGUCAUGAAGUAGCCCAUCAGUGGUUCGGUAACCUCGUAACAACUCGAUACUGGCAGAAUCUAUUUGUAAAUGAAGGUUUCGCCACAUAUUUGAUGAGAUUUAUCGGUGCUAAAGCGUUCCCGGAACAAGCAGCGUACGAGGAUUCGACAAUGGUACGAUCCGAUUUUGAGCCAGCUCUUACAUUUGACGCAUCACCCUUAACGCAUCCACUCAUUCCCGUAAUAGGACCAUACUUUGAUAAAAUCACAUAUAAGAAAGGAGGCUCACUGCUGCGGAUGCUGAACGAUGUGCUUGGAGAAGAGGUGAUGUGGAAUGGUCUGAAUAUUUACCUUACACGUUACUCAGGCGGAAAUGCAGAUCAUGAGGAUUUAUGGAGGUGCCUAACCGAAGCUGCCAUGGCAGCUAAGGUUCCUGGAUGGUGUGGUCCAGUGAAUGUGACAACAUUAAUGGAACCAUACUCUCAUCAAAUUGGAUUCCCUCUAAUAAACGUUCAAAUGAGAAAAGACGGAGAACUUUCCCUCUCUCAGGAAUCGUUCUUAGAAACCGAUUAUAAAUGGAUUGUACCAGUUCGAACUUCUUCGUACGACUCUCCUGAGCCUACAAUUCAUUGGUUGGUCCCAGAUGAAAUCGAAUGCGAAAAAGCGCGAUCUGCGGAAUCGUCGAAGAGAUGGGAGAUUGUGUCGUAUGCUACUGCUAUGUAUGGAAGAAUUCACUACGACGAUGAAAGCUUUGAAGCGCUUCUUCAAAAAAUAAAAAAUGACGACGUACCAGUGGGCGUAAAAACGAUGCUUAUUGGAGAUGAGGUUGCACUGAUUGAGCGUGCUAAAAAAAGGAACGAACCAUAUUCCUACAAUCGUCUUCUUGAUAUCCUCACAACAGUCUUCGACACUCCAAAUAUCAAGAAUAAUCCUCAAUUCGCUUCUAUGGAUAUAGCUCUACCUCAGUUAGAGUUCUUUGCGAAUACUCUUCGUGAUUCUAUCGAUUAUCCACUAAUUCAGAGACUAUACAAGAAAGCACUUGAGGUUGCCUACAACCCUAAAAUAUGGGAAGGAUCCAACUCAUGGGAUACCACUGCAUUCGCAAACGUCUACUUACCUGCUGCAGUCAGGUACAAUAUUGGAGAUUCAGUGAAAAGAGCACUGAAACUUUUCGAGGAUAUCAGAAAAGAAUGUGCAGCUGCUCAAAGCGAGAAUGGAACAUCGUGGUGUAACAGUGUGCCAACCGAUUUUCGUCGAGCUAUUUAUUGUGCUGCUGCUAAAUAUGACAAUAACAUUGGAUCUAAUUUCGCCCUUCUUAUGUACUACUACCCUCGAGAACUACAAGCAAAUCCGUACUUCUACCAGGAAUACCGCGCUUUGCUCUAUGGAAUGGGCUGCACUGAACGACCGGCGAAAUUGAAAACGUUAAUUCGCAACUUCCUCUCUUCCUCAUUGCAACCAGGAAUGCUAUUUGGGUAUCUGAAGGAAAAUCCAAUGGCAUCAGAUGCUCUUUUACAGCAAAUAAAGAGUAGUCCGGAUAGUGUUCUUGGAUAUGCAGGGUUGUCAAGCUACCUUGAUGCAAUGACUUAUAACUGGAGAUCUAAGCGACGUCUAGAACAGUUUAUUGCUCUACACGAUACAUUGAAACAAAGACUGAACCCGGAACAAGAAAAAAUAUUCGAUCAAUAUGAGCAAAGAGUCGAGAAGAACAUAAAGUGGUCCUCAGAGCAUAUGCCAUCCAUAAUGAAGUGGAUGUACGACAAUUUGGUUGUUAUCGAUAAGAUGCCAUGGGAUAAGAGGCUUCCUGGUAACCUUCUUGUACAGAAAUAUGAUGUAGAAAUCACACCAUAUAUUCCGGGAUCAGCACAGUAUAAAUUCACCAAGAAUCUCACUUUUGAUGGGAAAGUUACGAUCACAUUCGGAGCGAAAUCACGCACAAAAGAAAUCGUCCUGAACGCCCAUAGACUCCUGAUUGAUGCAGAUACCAUCACUCUUGUUGACCAGAGGAACAGAAAAAUCGAGAUCAACCCUACAUCUAUAACAAAGGACUACGACGACGGUAUCAUUACCAUACCACUUGCUGGCCCUGAGGAGCUUGUCGAAAGGACGGUGUACAAACUGACGAUCUCAUACACCGGUUUCAUCUUCGACGGACCUCAACGUGGAGGAAUUUCGAGCAAUCACAACUUCUACGAAUUCAAUGGAAAACAGGGUUGGAUCUUCCUGACAAACUUCGAGGAUGGUCCCAGCACUCGAUCGCUAAUGGUAUGCGCCGACGAACCAGCAUAUAAAGCAGUCGUCAAAAUGGCUGUUCGCCAUCCGGCUGACAUGACUGCUUUAUCCAACAUGAUGAAUAUGGAAACUACCAUAGAGGAAAAUGGUUGGGCACUAACAUCUUACGAAGAAACACCUUCAAUGUCCGUCUACCUCAUCGGGAUUUGUGUCGGUCAUUUCUCUGCGCUUACCACUGUGUCGAAGACCGGUAUUUUAGCCAGAGCGUGGGCAUGGACUGGAAUGGAAAAAUAUUUAGACUACACCUUAAUGGCUAUGACGGAAAGCAUCGAGUACAUGAGCGAUUACCUCGACAGUCCAUUCCCAUUGAAAAAGAUCGACUUAGUCGCUCUUCCACAAAAUUCGGAUCCUGGUGCAAUGGAGAAUUGGGGCCUGAUCCUUGGCCAUUAUGAAAAGCUCAUGGUGGAUAAGGAUUAUGCUACUGUCGAGGACCUAUCAAGGAUUGGGAUUGUUGUUGGUCACGAGAUUGCACAUAUGUGGUUCGGAGAUCUGGUCACUAUGGAUUGGUGGUCGGAUGUAUUCGUUAAGGAAGGAUUUGCUCAAUAUUUCUCAGCAAAUUUAAACGCCCAUGUAGCUCCUGAACAGAAGAGUUAUGCCUUGGACUACACACGAUUCAAAGUUCACUCGGACGCUUUGGAUAAGGACUGUUCUCCUGACCACUCGAAACCUAUGAUCUCUGGCAUCCCACCAGUUCUUGGCAGAAUUCCGUACAUCAAAGGCGCUGCAAUGCUACAACUCCUUUCCAACGUUAUGUCGGAAAAAACCUUCCAGAAAGGUCUUCGCAACUACAUCAAAAAGAACGCUUACGGUGUAUCGAAUACGGAGGGCCUAUGGCAAUCUCUAACAGAGGCUUGUGCUGAAGACGGUGUGAAAGACUGGGAAGGAAACAACUUGGAUGUAUCCGUAUUGAUGAAGGAAUGGUCCUAUGAGAUGUCAUUCCCAAUAUUGAAAAUUAGCAGCGAUAAGCACGGAAUUGUUACCUACGAACAAGAAUCAUGCAUGAAUACUAGCACAAUCUGGAAGAUUCCGGUAAUCAGAGGAGACAAAAAGGAAGAGAAACUUCUUUGGUUCAUGGGAAAAACCAGUAAUUCACCAGAUUGGACUCCACUAAUAACUGCGCCAGGCAUUGACAAUGUUAGAGCUAGUUCAUUCAUUCGCGUAGAGUACGAUGAUUUUUCUUGGGAAUAUCUACUGAAGAAAGUUAGAGAAUCCGAGAAUGACUAUCGUACUAAAGGCGCGCUUCUCGAUGACGCUUUAUUCUUUGCAAAGAGAGGUGUUUAUCCAUGGACGAGAGUUCUCGAUCUUGUUCGUGAUAUGCGUUUGAACUUAAGCUUGAUACAAUGGACUCCGGUUUUCUCGAUAAUGGAUACCCUCUAUCACAAUUUCCGUUACCAUUUCGAGUUUAAUUUAAUUAAGGAAUAUUUUGUGGAAAAUAUCUCAAAGACUUAUCUCUUGAUCCAAAGGAAAUCACCUAGUUGGGAGAUAACUGCACUAGGAUCCCAAAUGGAAAAUCAUAUGUGUCGAAUGGGAUAUAGUGGAUGUCUGUUUAUCGCCAAAAACAUCUUCACAGAGUUUGCCACCAAAUGUGCAUAUUCGCGUCACGGAACCGGAAGAUGUGUGGAAGUUGCGCCAGAUUAUCGACGAACAAUGUACUGUUAUGGUCUCAGACAGAAACCAGACAGAUUAGAAUUGGUGAAGACAAUGUGGAAGUAUUUUGCCAAAGAAGCGACGUAUUUUAACCGCGAUGGUGACAACCUCUUACACGCUAUGUCUUGUACUAAUAAUACUUCCAUAUUGACUCGCUAUAUUGAAUCAGCUCUUAGUGGAGAUCUUCCUGAGAGUAUUAUCAAGUACAUCGGUGAAAACGACGUCACCGGCAGUUCACUUUUCGAUUACUUCAAGAAAAAUCCUGAAAAGGUUAUUUGGGGUAACGUAAAUUUUGACUACUAUGUCGACGCUAUGAUUCAAGAUUGGUCAAAUGAGGAACAACUGCAGAAAGUUACUCAAUUCGCAUACAGUCCACAGCACAAACUUUUAAGCGAAGAACAAAAGAAGACUUGGGAUAAUGCCGUCCACAAAGUUAUUAAAAAUAAACAAUGGCUGACGGAAAAUGGAGAUUCUAUCGUCAAAUGGAUUGAGCAACACGUUUUGGGAUAA